AUGGCUACGUUAUACGCGCAGCCUACCAAAGAAUGGGUAAUCCCAGCAAAGCCGAAACCUGGGCGAAAGCCGAAACGCGAUGAUCCAGUGGUAGAGGAAGACGCUGUUAGCGAUAGCAAAGCGAAGAAAGUGCAGAACCGUGCUGCCCAAAGAGCUUUCCGAGAGCGGAAGCAAUCACAACUGGCCGAUCUUCAGGCUCGAUUGACCCAAUAUGAGCAGGGAGAGAUCGAGAGGAAUGUUGCCCUACAGAAUGUCGCCAAAAAGCUCAAAGAAGAAAACGAGCGUCUGAAAUCUGCAAGAAAACGAGAAAUUGAGGGAAGAAAGCGGCAAAGUGAGAGAGGAAAACCUUUCAUUACUCGCAAGAGAUCUCGCGCAGACAGCGGUACUUUAUCGAUCAUUACGAGCGUGUCCUCAUCCUCAUCUACUCCAACGCCGGUCUCCAAGCGCAAGCGAGGAAAGGACGAAACACGUUCAGAGACACCUCAUAUAACUACAAGAGCAACAAGCACAGCUGAACCUCGACGGUCAGCAAGCAAAUCUUACACUACCCUACCGCCAGAUUAUGUGCCCCCUCCUCAACUCGUGCACAUCUACUCCCCUGCUGUCUCCGACGGUUCUUCGAGACCUUCGCUCGUUAUGUCUCCUGUGUCCUCCGAGAAUUCUCAUGGGCCUGAGCCUUCAUCGUUAGAUGAGGCACACCUCGAUGAAGACGAUAUUAUGGAGGGAUACUCUAACGACAAGCACCACGAUUCCGAAUUUGAAUCCACUAUCCCCGAAUCAGAUGAAUUGCAUGUAGUCGAUUGCGGGUUUUGCAGUCGAGAGCCGGGCUCAUGCGUUUGUCGAGAAGUCAGUGCCGGGAUUAAUCACCUUUUGGAAUCAGCCUCUUCAUCUAGGAAGGUACAGUCUGCGAGGGCCGUACUGGAAGAUGACGAAUCCUACGGGGCUUCUCCGACAACAUCCAAGCCCUCUAUACUCGAUAAUCUUCCUCCUGUCCAGCCUGGUGUUCCACUUCGACUUCGACGUUCAAAGCGUACCAACCCCAACGCGAACACCAGCGACAGCGGGCCGGUACACUUGACACCCGUGCCUCAGUUCCUUAAACCCACGCCUACUUCUGCUCCCAGUAUCCGACCUGUUUGUUCAGGAGAUCCUUCUAAUUGCGCGGCGUGUGCGGACGAUCCUUUUGGGCGCGCAUUUUGUACGGCACUCGCUAGUGGAGUUGUAUGCAGAAACCCCAACUGCAAGCAAUGCACGAAACCUCAGUCGGAGCGUCCACAACCAGAGCCAGUUUCGACGUUGCCUGAAGAUAAGGGCAAAGGGAAGAGCAAGGCCAACCCGAUGGACAUCGAUGUCGGCUCAAGUUCAGGCGUAGGACUUGGAAUGGGAAUGAGCAUGGAGACAGGUAUGCUUUUAUGCUGCGGAGAUCCAAAACUAUGUGGUGGAGGUAUAUGUGGUGUCCGUACUCCAUCUUCCCCAAUCAAGACGGCCCAACGUCCUGCAAUUCAAGCUUCAUCCUCUACUCUUAGUAUUCAUCCCGAAUCAAAUUCGCGCUCGAUGCAGGACAGCGAAGAUGAACGCGACAAGCCAGAUAGGCUACCUUCAAUUUCUUCUCCUGGCCAAAAUGAUAUGGUCCUUGAUAAUCCCUACGAGAUCCCAACUAACGAAGCAUGGGAACGCCUUAAAUCGCAUCCAAAUGUCGCUUUUGCCGACUUGAGCUUGCUUGCGGACGUUGUCGCCGGUCGGACCAAGUGCACUAGCUCUCGCGUCCGCCUGUCGCUCACACCAGAAAGGGAUGUCAGCAGACUCGAACACGAAGAUUCAGAGGAUUAUAGUGAGGUCUUGGAAGGCGAUAGCGGACAAAUCCCCCACAUUCCCAUCCAACUUUAG